AUGGCAAGCUUGGGCAUGCACUGGCCUCUGGGAAGAGGUUUAUUGCAAAAACGCGCAGAAGUGGCAAAAGUGGCAGUGACCGCCGCUGUUUACAACAAGUUACAGCAAGUCACACUUGGUUUCCUUUCUGUGAAUAUUCACCAAAUCUUAUGCCAAAUACUACUGCUUGCAGUGGAUUUGGUGGCCAGCCGAGAGCACAUACUGCUCUCAUCCGGCAUUUUCUGCUUCGGCAUCCUCCUGUAUGAGUCAUCUGGCAACAUUUGCAAGCCAAAUCUACACUCGCAAUGGCUGGAAGAACGGCGGGCAGCUGCGUGA